AUGAUCUGUAACCUUGAUAGUUCACCUUCCCGAAUGACACUCGGGUCUAAACCUGAACAGAAGAGGGAAGCCUUAACGUCUUGUUUGAAAUGUCCACCACUACCUGAUCCCCCUGGUCACGUUGCCCCGAAGGAGUCCAAGAAGUGUGAGAAAGCCACCAGUAAUGUGGUUCUUGUUUCCCUAAAGACAUUGGAUGAUCCUCAGGCCACGGCCACAGGGGACCCUGUAAAAUGUGACUGUCAUGCCGUUCUCUCCUCAAUCUCAAACACGGUACAAGAUGACGAAAACCUCAAAUGGAAUUGUGAAUUUUGCCAAAAAGAGAAUAUUAUACCAAACACCAAGAAAGAGGAGGUUCCAACCGAGUCUGUAAUAGACUACAUCAUGUCCCCACCGGCCCCUUCCGACACCAAGGUGGGGCAGCAGGCAGGAACAGCAGGAGAACAGGAAAAACUUCAAAUGGGGAAAGGUUACACCAUCUAUUGUAUUGACAUUAGUCGAUCCAUGAGUUCUGCAGCUGAACUUCCAGAAUUACAAGGAUGA